GGAACUACUUUCGUCGUUCCUAUGGUAACCGAUCACUCCUCUGCAUCCGAUAAGAUAAAACUGCUUUGUGCAGUAUUUACGUUCUCAUUUUACUAUAUGGAUUACUAUUAUUGGACCUGAUUUGAUCAAAAUGUCUAGUCUAGCUUCUACUCUUUUCGAAUUAGCAGCAGUUGACUUUGCUAUACAGUAUACUGUGUUUCUUAUAUCAGCUUAUUAUAAGACUGAAAAAUUCUACGAUGUAACCGGUACAACUACUUUUAUUGUUCUUUCUCAUUUAUGUGCAAAAUGGAUUCCUGACCGUUCAGUAAGACAGUCGAUUCAGUCAGGAAUGGUACUUACUUGGGCAGUAAGACUUGGCACUUUCCUUUUUAUAAGAGUUCUAAAAAAUGGAGGAGAUCGUAGAUUCGACAAAGCUAGAGAUAAUCCUUUUCUUUUCUUCAUAUAUUGGACAUUACAAGGGAUAUGGAUUUUUAUAACAUUGUUACCUACAUUAAUGCUCUUGAGUCGACCAGAUUAUGUGCCACUGACAAACAGAGACUACAUAGGUUUCAGUUUGUGGAUAUUGGGAUUUGCUAUUGAAGUUGUGGCUGACUUCCAGAAAUCUGUUUUCUGCAAUAUGCCAGAGAAUCAAGGAAAGUUUAUCACUUCCGGAUUAUGGUCAAUAUCUCGUCAUCCCAACUAUCUAGGAGAGAUACUGCUAUGGUUUGGCUUGUACUUUUCUGCAAGUUCAACUUUCAAAGGAAGUGAAAUGCUAACUGUUUUAUGCCCAGUAUUUGAUAUGUUUCUCAUCACUAAAGUUAGUGGAAUUCCUCCUCUAGAGAAGCGUGGACUUAAAAAAUGGGGCAAUGAUCCCAAAUAUAUUGAAUACGUCAAAAAUACUGCUUUAAUAGUUCCAUAUUUUUGGUAGCACACAUAAAAAGUGCUAUUAUUACUUAAGAACUAUCAUUUUAUAUGUAUAAAGUAAUUCAUACACAUAAUGUUAUCAAAUUCUUACAUUUGUUCUCUUUCAUUAAUCACUAAAUCAUUAUUCUUCUAUAUCUUAAUUAGCAUAUAUGAUUUUUUUAGGCUAAUCUUUAGUUUGUGAUAAAACUGAGUAAUAUCAAUGAAAUAAGAUGUUCAGCUGAUUAAGAUUCCAAAUAAAUGAAUUUUGUUGUAUAUAGCACACAUUAAAGUUUAGUAUUUGUUAUAUAUACACUACCUGACACGGAAAAUGCUCCACUAUAAAGGAGUGAGUAGAACGUGAUAAAAAUUGAUAGACAGACAGAGAAUAGAUGCAUAAUUUCAGUUUCAAAAAGAAAAUGUAAUACAAUACUGAAAUAUACUCGGUACUCAGCAGAAAGCAGGGUCACUUCUUGCAACAAAACUAGGAGCAAUGAUCAAACUCUGCUGCAAGGAACUUCAAGGAAGGAAGCUUGGUUCAAUAUAUUUGAUCCAAUAAAUAAAAAAAUUUAAAAAAAGAGAGAGAGAGAAAUAUCUCACAAAAAUAUGCGAACACUGUGUAAUGAAUAAAGAAAAAAAAAUUAUUAACAUUGCCAUAUUACCAAAACAAGUGAACAAUUAAUAAUAUUUUUAAAAAUAUUAAAAUUUAAUUGCAAUUAUUAUUGCAUGCACUUAAUAAAUUUAUUGGUCAUUCUUUUCCAUGCUCUCCAAAAUGUCUGAUAAAUUCAUUGCCCUUUAUCUGAAGCAUUUGUCUAGAUAUUGGCAAAUGACAGCUUCUCUUUAAAUGGUGGAACUAUUUCAGAUGUUCCAUACCUGUAUGGUCCACCUUUUUCAAUUUUUUCCUUGUAUCCAAAUUUUUUCUACAACUAGAAAUAUUAGAGUUUUGAAUUUUUUUCAUAUGGUAUCAUCUGUAGGUCUGGAUAAAGUGUAUUUUUUGACACACAUUGAAUUUUAAUUUUUCGAAUAAUGUUCACAUUAUCUUCAGAGCAGAACCUUUACAUUAACAACUCACCACGCAGAUGAAACACAGAAACAUGAAGUUUGGUCAAAGAGUAUGUAAGUUUUGUUCUUCUAGAAAAUAUGAAAAAGGAAGAUAAUUUCAUCACCUACAUGUGCUAUCCAAUGUCCAUGGAGAAUGUAUUCAUUUCCUCUAAGAUAUGUAUGGUUGUGACUUAACUUUUAUAAAGAAUAUUUUUUAUCUUGCAAAAGAUGUAAAGAAUGCAAAAACCCUAUUCAAAGGAUAUUACUUGCAGAGCAUUUAUACUCAAACAAAACAAAUUGUUAAGUUCAUUCCCUAAAAGAAAAAAACAACUGAAAACCAUAAAUACCAAGAUUCACUACUUCCUCUUUCUCUUCUUUAUAGCGAAAAUUUUGGAAUUUCCAUCACAGCAUCAGGCCUGAAUACAGCUGUCUGGCAGGUUAAGCAAAGAAUCUGAAUAGAAUCAAAGACCCCAUUCAUGUUUUAGUUCAGUGAUCAUGUACACCAUAUGAUACCUUAAAGAUAUGCUUACUUUAAACCCACAUUCUCCUAGAGUUGGUUGUCAUACUCAUAUCACAUAGCAUUUGUUUAGAACAUAAAGAAAUAUGAGAGUGAAAAAUAAAAGAAAAGUAGCUUAAAAGAGUUUUUUCUUUACGGAUGGAUUGUGGAUAAUCAUAAUGGUUAGUAAUUUCUGUUAUUAAAACUUGAAGAAAUUUUGGAAAAAAUAUGAAAAAUACAAAAAUGGUUUUAAGCGAAGAUUUCCAUGCAGUUCUUUAUAUUUAACUUUCACAUUCCUGGAGGUUUGCUAUAACAGUAUAAAAUAACAUUAAGUGUGUAAGAAACUGGACGGGACCAGGUUCAACUGUAUAUAUAAAAUCAGCAUGCAGAUAGCAUCCUCAGAGAUGAAUAAUCAUAUGCUUUCAAUCAUCCUCCACAGUUCUUUCUUCAACUGAAGAUGGGACAGGUCAAGAAAACAUUGACUAUUCAUGUUCUACAAGUGUAUCAGUGUGAGAUCCGGAAACUUCAGUGACCAAGGAAGCAUCUGGAUAUCCUGCAGGUCUAUCUCCUAAUGACUGUCAUAUGCAGCCAGAUGUUAUAUUACUGGAAACAGCAUCUUUAUGCCUCUGAUGCAAACCAAUGAGGAUGGCACUAAUCAUGAUGCCACAUUGUUGAGCAAUAUGGAAUUUAGUUAUCAUAAUAAAAUUGGACCUGUCUCUA